GUUCAGCGUCUCCUUUAAUCGCAGCUGGAAGGAUUCUAGGAAACAAAAGUGCAGCAGCUUGCCUGCACAGAACUCCACUAGGUAAAACGCACGGCCAUCAUGGGUUCGAGUACCGGCUUUAACCCGCUUUCCUGUCUGACACCUCUUAAAUGAAGCCCACUAGUGCUGACAAAAACAGGUUGGAAUGUCUUGCAGCUGGAGCCACUUCAAACACUUGGGAGAGCGACGGCGGGCGCAGCAGCACUGAGGAAGAGCACCAGCUCCCACUUGUACCUACAAGUGGGAGCAAACCAGCCACAAAAGGUUGAGAUCUGUGUCCCAUAGCAACCCUGAUGACUUCUGUCUGCUCAGCUGUUUUCGCCGCCCUGCCUGCCGCCUCCAACCUGCACAGCGGGAGACGCGAGACGCGCUCCCCCCUGUCGGUGGUGCGUGGAACUGAUCCAGAUCAUGAGGGGCUGGACUGGAUCCAGGUACAAGGAAGAGAGAGAGAGAGAGAGACUCUAGCUGGCAGGAUGAUCAAGAGGGAGCUCUCCUCCUGAGAGCACACAGUCCGCAGAAACACUGAAACAGCGCGGAGCGAAGGAGAGGAGCUCAUCCAGAUCGAUGCCAGACGCACGCUUGGAUUUUUUUCUUCUUCUAGAGUUUCUUUCUUCUUUUUUUUUAUGAAGAAAAGCGACAUUAAAAUUGCGUCUCGUGGUUUAUUUUCCUACAAUCGGAAUAUUGCUCUGGAUUAAAUACGAGCAUUCUCCACGCGCAGAAACCGUAUUCAGAAGCUAAAAGGGAUUAUUUCUUCUCAGCGCGCUAGUUUGGGGGUGAUUUUCACAAUAAAAGAAGAAGAAGAAGCCUGCCCGGUCGACUUUGUCUAAGAGCUUUUUCCAACUCUGCUGUCCCAGAAAUGGUGGGGCACCUACAUUUACAAGCGAUGGACGAGAGCCUCAAAGGAAAGAACCGUGAAGGGCUGCUCGACAGUCCGGACUCGGGCUUGCCCCCCAGUCCCAGUCCGCCCUUCUGCUCGCUGUCUCCGGCUCUGAUCGAGUCGCGCUCCGGCGGCUGCGCGACGCCCGUCGACAGCAAUCAGGGAUGUUACAGAAAGGAGAGCAGAGAGGGCAAGCUGCUGCCCUACCUGCUGCUGAACUGUGCAGGAACAGACCCGAAGUCGCGCAUGCACCCGGUGUUCUACGGAGAGAGCAUCGAGGUCAACACCAAACCGGAGCAGGAAAUCAAGUGCACGUCUGCAGUCAAGUACGACUCCGACAAGCACUACCGAGACCGGGUGGUGUGCGCCCCGGUUCCCAUGCCCACUUCCUUCAGCGAGACGGUGGUGGCGGUGCAGAACUCCACUUGGAGAAGCUACAAGACGCAGGUGUACCUGGAGCCACGGCAGAAGCCCGUCAGCUACCAGAGCACCACCAUCAUCUACCCAAAACACGCCAAGAACACUUACCGCACCACCCUCAACUACAACCCCACGGGCGCCCGCCGCUGGUUCGUGUCCACGGUGCAGCUGGAGUCCAGCGAGGACACGAGCCCCUGCGUCAUCUACACAGAGGACCUGUAGGGCUACAUGGCGUCAUCAAGGGACUUCAUUUGAACUUUUACCUUUUUUAAAAAAAAUAAAAAAUUGUGUGUUUUUCUCACCGUAAGGAAUUUGGACAGAUCCACACUGGAAGAGAAGUGCCUGGAGUUUUAAACCCCCGCUCUUAAUCAUCAGAGUCAGAGUAUUUUUGAUUUCUGCUGUGGCGGUCUUGAAUGGGGCCUUUGGUGCUCUGCAGCUGCCCUGCAGUGGCUAAUGUCUUAUUUAGCACGAGAGCUAACAAGCUCAGGACCUGUGCUCCCCCUUCUGGUGGGACUGGAGCCUUGCUGACAGUAACCUUCAGAUUCCUGGUGUCUGUAUAUAGAGGAAAGGGAAAAAAUGAAAAUAAAAAUUAUCGACACGUGCUGUGGAUUUUACCCAGUCACACCGAUGCAAAGUGUUCUGAAUAUGGCUCUAUUGCACUUGUUUUCUACAUGUCGCAGUUCCCUCAGAGGACCUGGAGUAGUGGUGGGGAAUUUCUGUGCUGCCUCUGAAAAGUGGACCAAAAAUAGAUUAUUUCCUUUGAGUAACUCCAUACGCUGGAGACCAAAAACUCCAAAAGCGACUCUGGGCAGCAUCUCUUCUCAUCAGCCGAGGUUAGACUGGGGACACGAGCACACAGUGAUCUGAAAACCACGCCAGAUAAUCACCAACUCAGCUUACUAUUCUGAACUUGGUAGACGGGAUCCUAUCUCGUUGGCGCUGAAGGGCUGCGAUAAAAACGGUGGUCACAGAAUUAAGGCGGACUUAGUGUUAUUUAUUGAAAUGUAGAAACUAGAAUUGCUUGGGACUGUGUGGCUGUAAGACUACAUGGUCUGAACUUAAGGGAAAAGUGGAGGGAAGAGCCAUUUAGGAAAGGUGAGCUUAUUUCACACAGGAAAUAAAAGCUAAAGACAAGGGAGCAAAUUUAUUUAGUAUGAAUCCAGAACAGUUGGGCACAGAGGCUAGCAGCUAGUUUGAGAGGAGCUGAGACCAAAGUCAAUUUCUUCCAUUUGAAAACAAAUUCGACAACAGAUCAUAGCGGCUAAUGCAAAAGCUAAUUUAUAAACUAGUUAAAUCAUGUCACGUUUGAAUCGGGCGCUUAUUUACAUAAAUGAUUGUUUGGUCGGUGGAAGUGCAACACCGAUAAGCUUCCUGUGGAAAACAGAUCUGAAUGGAACAUGACUCAUCUUUAGUAAUAAUAGCACUAAACUUACACCAACUUAAACGCUAAUUUAGUGAUCUUGACUUUGCUUUAUUUUGGUGCCGUACAGUUAUUCUGACUUGAACAUGUUCUCUGCUCAGUACUUGUUUCAUACAGGAAGAUCACUGGUAACGGACCGCCUCCAACGGGCCUCAUCAUGUAAAUAACCACCCAACGCAGUCGGGACAAUGUUGCUGUUAGCUUCGACCUUCAGGACCAACUAGUCUGAGAGUAUACUAAAUAAAGGCACCAAGAGAGUUAAAUACAUUUAAGACAAUCAUUUAAAUGAUUUUCUUAAA